GGGCACCUCUCGGCGAGUCACGAUGAUGGCGGCCACCAGCCCGUGGUGAGCUAGCGGACUCUCUUGCUCGUCUCGGAAGAGCUUCUCGAGCUUCCUGCACCACUCAGGGGGCCGGUGCUUUUGAGGAAGCGAGGCGGGCCCGAUCUCGCGGGAGAGGCCGCAGUCGCAGGCAGCCGCGCGGCCCGAGGCCACGGCGGCGGGGAGAGGCCGGCCCCGCUGGGCGAAUGUGACAAAUCCCCACCCCCACCGUCUUCCUUCCGAGCGCACGAGGAGGAGCGCGGGCGACCCCGGGGCCACGCCAGGCCAAAGACCCGCCCAGCGGCCAGCACCUGGAGGAGCAGGCGCGGCGGCGGAGCUGCGCGGCGGCACCAUGCAGGUCACCCUGAAGACCCUCCAGCAGCAGACCUUCAAGAUCGACAUCGACCCCGAGGAGACGGUGAAAGCACUGAAAGAGAAGAUUGAAUCUGAAAAGGGAAAGGAUGCCUUUCCUGUAGCUGGUCAGAAGUUAAUUUAUGCAGGUAAAAUUCUCAAUGAUGAUACUGCUCUAAAAGAAUAUAAAAUUGAUGAGAAAAACUUUGUGGUUGUUAUGGUGACAAAACCCAAAGCCGUAACAACACCAGCACCAACAACGACGCAGCAGUCAACUCCUACCACCACUACCACAGUUAGUUCUUCCACAGCUCCAGCUGUGGCUCAGGUUCCAACCCCCACCCCUGCCUUGGCUCCCACUCCCACUCCCACUCCUACUGCCACUCCCACUCCCACUCCUACUCCUACUCCUACUCCUACUCCUACUUCUACUCCUGCUCCUACUCCCACACCUACAUCUGUCACUCCAGCAUCAACGACAGCAUCUUCUGAACCUGCACCUGUUAGUGUCACAAAACAGGAGAACCCUGCAGAACAGCCAGCAGAAACACCAGUGGUUAUUACUAGCCCAACAUCAACUGAUAGUACAUCAGGAGAUUCUUCUCGGUCAAAUCUUUUUGAAGAUGCAACAAGUGCACUUGUGACAGGUCAGUCUUACGAGAAUAUGGUAACUGAGAUCAUGUCAAUGGGCUAUGAACGAGAGCAAGUAAUUGCAGCCCUGAGAGCCAGUUUCAACAACCCUGAUCGAGCGGUGGAGUAUCUUUUAAUGGGAAUUCCUGGAGACAGAGAAACUCAAGCUGUGGUUGAUCCCCCUCCAGUAGCUACUACUGGGCCUCCUCAGUCUUCAGUGGCUGCAGCUGCAGCAACUACAACAGCAACAACUACAACAACAAGUUCUGGAGGACAUCCCCUUGAAUUUUUACGGAAUCAGCCUCAGUUUCAACAGAUGAGACAGAUUAUUCAACAGAAUCCUUCCCUGCUUCCAGCAUUGCUACAACAGAUAGGUCGAGAAAAUCCUCAAUUACUGCAGCAAAUUAGCCAACACCAGGAGCAUUUUAUUCAAAUGUUAAAUGAACCAGUUCAAGAAGCUGGUGGUCAAGGAGGAGGAGGAGGGAGUGGAGGAGGCAGUGGAGGAAUUGCAGAAGCUGGAAGUGGUCACAUGAACUACAUUCAAGUAACGCCUCAGGAAAAAGAAGCUAUAGAAAGGUUAAAGGCAUUGGGAUUUCCUGAAGGACUUGUGAUACAAGCAUACUUUGCUUGUGAGAAGAAUGAGAACUUGGCUGCCAAUUUUCUUCUACAGCAAAACUUUGAUGAAGAUUGAAAGGGACUUUUUUUUUUUUUUUUUUUUUUUUUUAAUCUCACACUUCACACCAGUGCAUUACACUAACUUUGUUCACUGGAUUGUCUGGGAUGACUUGGGCUCAUAUCCACAAUACCUGUAUAAGGUAGUAGAUUAUUGGGGGUGGGAGGGAGGGAUCUAGGAUAAAUACAGUGCAUGUCUGCUUCAAUUAGCAGAUGCUGCAGAUCCACACAGUGUGUAAAAUAGACAACCAAAAAAGCAGCUUUUGCAGGUCUCUAUCUUGUAUAAAACAGUAGGUAACUUCCUAGGUUUCACUCUUUUAGUGUACUAGAUCCAGAAAUUUAGUGUAAUGCCCUGCUUUAUAUUUCUUUGACUUAACAUUGGUUUCAGAAAGAAUAUUUGCUACCUAGAAUCUACAGUCUCUAUUUUAUGGCAACACUGGAUAAUGGCUUUAUGAAAUUGAAACAAAUUUGGAACAACUGCAAAGAAAUGCCAAAUAAUUGAUGGUUAUUGUUGCUGCUUCAAAUAAGUAUAAAAUUAAUGUCAAGAAAGCCCAUUUUUUCAUGUUAAAUACUUGGGUUGGGUGGAAAAGAAGGGGAACUUUUUCUUAAAGUGAAAAUACUGCUAUUUUAAAAUCUCUUGAUCGUUGAAUGUGAGACCCUUCUGAUAUGAUUUGAGAAGCUGUACAAGUAUAGGCAGAUUUACUUUCCUGUUUACAUUUUUUUGGUUUGUUUGGGGGAAAAUUGGUAGGUGUCUAAUUACUGUUUACUUCCUUGUUAUAUUGCAGUAAAAGUUUUAAAACCACCA